UGUUUGUUGUGUGUGUGUGUGGGGAAAAUGUCUUCGGUGCCUGAUGGCAAAAAGCUUGUCCGAAGCCCCAGCGGACUCCGCAUGGUCCCAGAAAACUGCGCUUUCAACAGUCCCUUUUCGCUAGACGAGCCGCAGUGGGUGCCGGAUAAAGAGUGCCCAAGAUGUAUGCAGUGUGACAUCAAGUUCGACUUCAUCACAAGAAAGCACCACUGUCGGCGGUGUGGCCGGUGUUUCUGUGACAAGUGCUGCAGUAAGAAGGUGGCGCUGCCCCGCAUGUGUUUCGUGGAUCCGGUGCGACAGUGCGUGGAGUGCAGCCUGGUCUCCCAGAGGGAAAUGGAGUUUUAUGACAAACAGCUCAAAGUGCUCAUGGGAGGUGGAACCUUUGUCAUCACUUUGGGCUCAUCAGACAAGGCUGAAACCAUGACAUGUCGUCUCUCCAAUAACCACAGGUAUCUCUUCCUGGAUGGUGAGAGCCACUUUGAGGUGGAGUUGUCUCGAAUCUCCAGCAUGCAGGUGCUGACAGAUGGUAUCAGCCCUGGAGGGGGCACCUCCCGGGCCAGCGGCAUGCUGCUCCAUUACAAGCCGAUGGGCUCCCAGGACUCCCAGCAGCUACGGAUGGAGGCAGCUGAGGAUAAGAAGGUGGCUUCGUCUUGGCUUGCUGCCAUGCACAAGGCAGCUAAACUGCUCUAUGAAUCUCGGGACCAGUGACCUGUGCAGCCUGCCUGCAAGAGAACCGCUCCAGGAAGCACACACCCAAGUGUCUCCAUCCCAAAUGUCACCGGGGUUGGGUAUUGAUUGGAAUUCAUCAAUGCCAAUGACAAUUCUGCCAUUCAACCUAAUUCUUUAGCCAAAUCCACCAAGUUACAUUUUGGAAAAGUUUAAAUGUAGAAAUAAACCGGUCACAAACCUUUUAUGACCAAUAUGUUUUACGUUAAUAUUUACCACUAGUAAAUCCAAAAUUUUUUUUUUCUAAUCUCCUUUAUAGAGUAUUCUUCAUCCAUCUUUGAUUCAGUAUCUAAAAAUCGGAGCAUGAAGGGGUGGUAUCUGUUCACAGAAUGUGUUGUGCUGAGCAGCGGGAUGUGAGGAAUGAAACUCCAAAGACAGCUGAUAUCUGGUGAUUUUUGGGAAGCGAUCGUCACUUCUCAUGCCUGCUUUUCUCCAAUUCAGAAUUGGAAUUUGGUUAUAGAUACCCAACCCCAUGAUUUUUUCAAGGCUUACAGCAUAUUUUAUAACAUUUAUCUCUAAAUACAAAUCAUUUGGUGCAACAUGAUCGUUGACGUCAAAGCAGUAUAACCGUUCGUUAUGUGACACUGUAAAACUCCUAAUAGAAGCCCAGGUGGUCUUUUUUUCAGCUUUUUUUUAAUUUUAUUUUUUUACACAAUUUCUCAGCCUGCUUUAAGAAUGUAAGCCUUUUUUACUUGCCAGGAAGCUGAAACCUAAUUAGUAAAUUGUCUGUUGACUUUAUAGCACCGCUGUAAGCUGUAGGAGGUUCAGGAUUUUGGUCAAAGAGUGAAUCCUUGCAGACAUGUGGGGGUUGAAAAGAGUGAAUCCUUGCAGACUUGUUGGGGUUGAAAAGAGUGAAUCCUUGCAGAUUUGUGGGGGUUGAAAAGAGUGAAUCCUUGCAGACACAUGGGGGUUGAAAAGAGGGAAUCCUUGCAGACUUGUGGGGGUUGAAAAGAGUGAAUCCUUGCAGACUUGUGGGGGUUGAAAAGAGUAAAUCCUUGCAGACGUGUGGGGGUUGAACCAGGCUCCUCCACAUGAGAACACUUUUUGAGAGCUCUGUCAAGUUGCUUAAGUGUCUGUUGUUGUGGUCAGUAUUUUACCCAAAAUUGUAACCAGAAGAGCUCAGUGUGAAAAGUGGAAAUAUGGUCACGCAAGUGUGAGGAGCACUGAGCACUUUUCAGGUGUAAUGUAGUUUCCAGAAACGAGCCCAUUUACCACCCAUGUGUCAGACUCUUGGCAGAGGAAGCAGGCUCUUUGACAAACACACACCAUAACCGACACUGUGUGUUGAGACAGGGCACAUAUUAGGAGUUUUACACCAGAUGAGAUGUUGGUCCGGUGUCACGUUGUUCAGGUGAGGUGAAGUGGGGUUUCGCUGUACAUUUUCUUUAUAACACAGCUUGCUGCCUCAAGUCUUUGCAGAUUUUAGUCCUUAGACCUCGGUGUCUAAGGGAAUACAGACUAUUCACUAAUUCUAGUGAAGUAUAUACACAUACACAACACUAAAAUAAAUGCUUUAAAUGUAGUCUCAUGUAUCAAAUUUUUGUAUGAACUAUUUUGUUAAAUAUUCCUAUUUUAACACAAACACGCUGUGUAUUUACUUACAUGAUUUUUACUGCUGUAUUAUUACUAUAGUUUUUGUAGCACUUGUAUACAGUCAAUGAUUGCUUUCCUUUUCAACGGCCUGAAUAUUUUGUUUUAAUUUUUGGUGGUCUUUUUUUUUAAAUAUAUAUAUAUAUAUAU